AUGGAGGGAAACGGCAAGGAAAAGGACAACACUGAUGAUGCUCCUAUUAGACCUGUGUCCUCCUUGCUAUCCCAUUUUGAAAACCUUUCUCACCAGAAGCCCCAGUCUUCGCUGAGCACUAGUCCAUGCGAUACCCCCUCCGGCCGAUUCUUACGAGCCCCCGAACAUGGUGACGAAACCCGCUCUACCAGUCGCACCUCCUUGGAUUUGCCUCGAUCUCGCUCCCCGUGGAACACGUCCGCCGACGAGAGACAGGGCCCUGGACAUGAACCGACGAACGGCGAGCAGCUGAGGGCUGGCAGAUCUCCGGGAAGUCGAUAUGGCCGGCCCAUUUCGAUGAGCAUCCACCACUCCUCGCCGCAGCUUCCGCCCACUUUGACAGUGCACUCGCCCCAAUCGCCGCCCCGUGGUGUUGAACGGGAAUCCCCUUUCCCUCCUCGGAAUGGAAAUCGCUCCCCCAGAAGUCCGGUCCAUCUCCCUCGUGCGUCUGUAUCCAGUGGUGUCUCGCGCGCGUCACCUGCUCGCCCGGUGACUCCGCAGCUUGGAUCAUCUGUUCCUAUAGGAGAGACGGUCCAGCGACUUUCUCCCAGUGCCCCUUCUGUGAAUGGCCGUGGCAGCCCGGCAGAUCGGAAGUCGAAGAGCGCAUCGCUGCCUCCCCCAGUUAAUCGGGCCGACAAACCGAAAAUCCCCGCAAAGCCGGCAAUGUUUUCCCACCCGGAUAGUAGCUCCCUUGCGCCGCAGCCGGAGAAGGCCUCAACCGAGGACCGUGUGUCUCCCUUCAGUACUCCUCCGAGCAGCCCUGAAAAGGCACCAGCGAAAUCAGUGUCAACAGGGAAGAUACACUCACGACUCCCGCCUGCACGACCUACACCUGAAUUCCUAAGCCGGGGGUCAGUUGAUAGUCGGUCCCCGGAACCAUCGGCCUACACACAACAUGAUGCUAGAGAUCUUGGGUAUUUUCGCAGUCGUCCUAUUCCUGAGCCUACACGUGCCACUAAACCCUUGAUGGUACAAAUUCCACCAUCCUCUCCUGCUCUUCCUGACUCUGUGUCUACUGCUCCGCCUCUCUCUGCUCAAAGGCUCCGAGCAAGGGACAUUCCUUAUGAACGCCCGGGACUUCCUCCAAGACCAACGUCGGUGGUUCCUCGUCGAACUGGAGUCUCACCAGCUCGCGAGUCUCUGCGAACUGCAGCAAGUCCCGCCCAAAUGACGCCGAGUGGUCAAUCUGCUCCAUAUUUCUCGCAUGCAACCGAAUUAGCACGUUCCCGUUCCGUACAAAGGCAACAGUCCCUGCCUCGUGAAUCUCAGAUGCCCUCGUAUCCGGACCGUCGAAUUGUUCGGACAGACACUGAGGAGGAUGAACAAGCUACCGAGGAAACCCCUGUCUCGCGGACAGAUUACCCUGAUGCCUCACAAGCAAAUCGGCGCCCACCAUACCUGAAAUCAGGCCCCAAAGAGAUUCCCACCAGGUACGACACCCGGCUCCUGGACGUGUGCGGCAAGUAUGCGUGCACGACAGGCUACUUAACUCGUGUGUGGGAUCUUACCACUGGUGAACAAGUCUUGAGCCUCAGCCAUGGUGAGACAGUGAAGAGUUUGUCCCUUGCCUUCAAGCCAGGUGCAGCACUCGAGGAUGAAGGCCAGCGUGUGUGGCUUGGCACAAGUGCUGGAGACCUCCAUGAGGUUGAUAUCAUGUCUGGUUCGAUUGUUGCCACUCGAGCUUACCCGUCGCGUCGAGAAGUUAUCCAGAUCCUUCGACACAAGAAAGAGAUGUGGACUUUGGACGACGAGGGCCGACUGCUGGUGUGGUUGCCAGAUGAGUCUGGUACGCCCAAUCUACAGUAUAGCUACCACAGCCCGCAUGAGCGGGUAGCCCGCGGUCAUACUUUCUCGAUGAUUGUGGAUGAUAAGCUUUGGCUGGCUGCUGGCAAAGAGGUCCAUGUAUACCGACCAAAUGCCCGCGAAGACGAGCCGUUCAAGGUAUUGAAGCGUCCAUUAGGCUCUCAACAUUCGGGCGACGUUACCUCGGGCACUUUUACCACCAAGGAUGGUGGGCGCGUAUAUCUGGGCCAUGCCGACGGUAAAGUGACAGUUUACUCAUCCACUGAUUAUACCUGCUUGGCGGUUGUCAAUGUCAGCGUCUACAAGAUCAACUGCCUCGGCAUUGUUGGGGACUAUCUGUGGGCAGCAUACAAGACGGGAAUGAUCUAUGUCUAUGAUGUCAAGACAAAUCCUUGGACUGUAAAGAAGGACUGGCGCGCGCAUGACAGUCCCGUCUGUGGCUUCGUGCUGGACACAAGCAGCGUGUGGACGAUGAACCGCCUUCAAGUGACCUCUCUCGGUACGGACAAUUGCAUUCGCCUCUGGGAUGGUAUGCUGGAGGAUGACUGGCUGGAUACUCGCAUGCAAAGCAAGGAUGUAGAGUUCUGCACUUUCCGAGAGAUGAAGACGGUUAUUGUUACUUGGAAUGCAGGUGCAUCGACUCCUGGCAGUGUGUGCACAUCGGAUUUCAUUCAAGACGCCAUUCAACCAGAAGAUCCCCCGGAUAUUAUCGUCUUCGGAUUCCAGGAGUUGGUCGAUCUGGAAAAUAAAAAGAUCACAGCCAAGAGCUUGCUUCUUGGCAGCAAGAAGAAAGAGAAUGGGGAGAAAGAGCACAUGAGCCGACAGUACCGAGUAUGGAUUGAUCAUCUCACUCGGGCUCUUCACCAGUUCAUGCCUCUUGAAGAGUCCUACGUUCUUCUCCACACAGCCAACAUGGUCGGUCUAUUCACCUGUGUAUUCGUCAAGCAUAAGGAACGCCACAACAUCAGGAACAUCAGCGCGUCGGAAGUUAAGCGGGGAAUGGGAGGAUUGCACGGAAAUAAGGGUGCCCUCAUCUUCCGCUUCGUUCUUGAUGAUAGCUCGAUGUGCUUUGUCAACUGUCAUCUUGCGGCCGGCCAGACUCAGACAGCUCACCGUAACAAUGAUAUUGCAGCGAUUCUCGAGGCUGAGACCUUACCCCCCGAAGCCAGUCUAACACAGCGUUCCGAUCACUAUGCCAGCGGCGGUGAUGGCUCGAUGAUCAUGGAUCACGAGAUUUGCAUUCUCAAUGGUGACCUGAACUAUCGUAUCGAUUCCAUCCCGCGCAACGUCAUCAUUGAUGCUGUCCGCCAGAACAACCUCACCAAACUUCUCGACCGCGACCAACUCCUUGCUUCCCGACGGAAGAACCCCGGAUUCCGACUCCGUAGCUUCAUUGAAGCACCUAUUACCUUUGCGCCGACAUAUAAAUAUGACGUCGGCACCGAUCAGUACGAUUCCAGUGAAAAGAAGCGCUCUCCCGCCUGGUGCGACCGCAUUUUGUACCGUGGCAUCGGCCGCGUCAAGCAGCUCGAGUAUCGCCGACAUGAAGUCCGUGCUUCUGACCAUCGGCCCGUCAGUGCUACAUUCAAGGUCCGUGUCAAGACUGUGUUGCCGAAGGAGCGUGCGGCAGUAUGGGAGACGUGCCAGCAGGAUUUCCAAAACGAGAAGCGGCGAUUGGCGUCUGACGCUAGCAUCGAGUAUCUUAUCACUGUCCUCGGCACUGAUCCCCGCCAAGCCCGUGCGCUGAUCUUGGGAAAAAGUCAAUAG